AUGACGAUGGGCGUUAAAGCUUCAGGGGCUUUCAGGGGCUACCCUUGGAGCACCCACUGGGCCUUAUCGGUAUCGCGAACACUACUCCCACGGCAUCAACACCUGCGCGGCUUCCUGACGGGUGCCUGCAUGGCGGGCUUGGUACUGGGGCUUGUUGUGUUGCUACAACUACAUGGGUCGUUUAAUGAUUUCUUGUGGCCGUUUUGGAAGAGCAACACCAACGGCAGCGAUGGAAAGCCUACUGAACCGCCGCCUACUUUCCGCUGGGCUGAUAUCACACCAAGUCCAACGCUGACUUGGCAUCAGUGUUACUCUCCCGACCAUGACUGUGCGCGUCUGGAUGUGCCGAUGGACUGGCAGUCUCCGUCGGACUCGGCCAGAGUUGUGCUUGCUAUCAUCAGACUUCGCGCAGUAGCAACGUCCGCGUCAAAGAAUAAGACGGAUUAUCGAGGGCCGGUGUUCUUCAACCCUGGGGGGCCGGGGGGAUCGGGCAUUUGGUCAAUGCUGGAUCAUGGCAGAGAGCUGCAAGCUAUACUGGGCAAGGAACAGUACGAUCUUGUUUCGUUCGAUCCUAGAGGGGUAGGGAACUCUGUCCCCAGGAUCGAAUGCUGGAGUCAGCAGCAGGAUAGAGGGGUGUGGGAUCUGCAGAACAGUGUGCUCGGGACGGUGGAUGCUCAUCCGGGGGUGGUGUAUGAUGCGUAUGCUCGCGCGCAGGCUUUCAGUCAAGUUUGUGAGAACAAUCCUGACUUGGCAGGGGAGGAUGGGAUCCUCAGGCAUAGCAGCACCGUGUAUCAUGCCAGGGACAUGCUCGAGAUACUGGAACAGAUGGGGGAGGAGAAGCUCAAGUACUGGGGGUUUAGUUACGGAACCGUUCUCGGCGGUACCUUUGCCGCCCUGUGGCCUCACAGAAUAGAAAGAAUGGUCAACGACGGCAACGUUGACUAUGUCGAAUGGUACCAAGGAGGCUACAUCAACUUUCUCCACGACACCGACGCAGUAAUGGAAGCCUUCUUCACCCACUGCCACCGCGUCGGCCCCCUCCGCUGCCCCUUUUACUCCCCCACCCCCUCCCAAACAAAAUCCCGGCUCUUCUCCCUCCUCACCUCCCUCCGCGAAUCCCCCAUCCUGGUCACCCCCCCGCCUUCCAACCUCAGCUUUUCCCAACAACCCCCAGAGAUAAUAACCUACUCCAGAAUCCUCCACCUCCUCUCCACAGCCCUCUACCAACCCCACCUCCGCUUCCCCCUCAUCGCCCCCGUCCUCUCCGCCCUCGAGUCUCGCAACGGCCUCCCCUACCUCGCCUACACCUCCCCAGCCAACAACACCUCCCCCCACCCCUCCCUCCCCCCAUCCACCCCGCUCCCCUCCCCAAGCGAAGGAACACCAGACGCCUUCCCAGCAAUAAUGUGCUCCGACGCCUCCCACCACCCUCUAACCCCUUCCGAAUUCGCGGCGUACGCCCUCAUCCUCCAAAACAUCUCCUACUCCGCCGGCGCGGUCCAGUCUGAAUUCCGGCUUUCCUGCAUCGGGAGGACGGUCCGGCCAAAGUGGGAGCUCUCCCCGGACUUUAGCUGGUCGCAGGGUGUCAAAACGGCGUUUCCGAUACUGUUUGUCAAUAACGAUGCUGAUAAUGUUACGCCUUUGGUCUCGGCGAGGAAUAACUCGCGGGCUUUCCCCGGGUCGAGGGUGCUGGUUCAAGAGGAGGGGUAUGGGCAUACUAGUCUUGCGGCGGGGAGUAGGUGUACUGCUGGGUGGGUGAGGAGGUAUUUUCAGCGGGGGGAGAUGCCGGACGGAAAGGAGGGGUGUAAGAGUGAUAGGAGGCUUUUCGACGAAGAGGAGGAAAUGAUGGGCCAAGAGGAUGAGCUAGGUGUGACGGUGAGGAGGUUGAGAAAGAAAGUCAGGAUUAGGCCGUUUUACCGGGGCUGA